CCUGAUCAUUCGUACACCAAAAAUAUAAUAAUUGACCUUGUCAAUGAUGAUUGUCUGGCUGCAAUAUUCAUGUAUGUACCAGCAUGUGAAAGACCAAAAAUUGCAUUAGUAUGUCAAAAAUGGAAAAGAGCCCUUGAUUAUUCUUGGAGUAAUGUCAAAAAACUUGAACUAACUCACUGGGAAUAUGAUGAGUAUCCAACUUUUUUAAAGAAAUAUCCAACACUCGAUGGACAAUUAAGUUUUUUAAAAUCACUGAUAUAUAAAUGUGGUCGUUAUUUAACAAAAUUAGACUUGACAGCUUAUGGUCAUUGUAACAUAGUGCCAGUUAUUAAUGAAUAUUGUCCAAACCUUGUCGAACUUCGAUUGAGAUUCACCCACAUUGACCAUGUGAUAUUAUAUGAUGCAUUUUCACGUCUAUGUAAGCUGAAAGUAUUAGCAAUUAUAUUUCAAAACAUUAAUGAUAAAUUUAUACCUCUUAAUCUAAUCUAUUCAUUAAGAAACGUUGCUGAUACAUUGACUGAUCUGAUUCUGUUAAACUGGAAAAAAAAAGAGCAUGACCACUGUAUUUUAUCAGAAGAAACUGAUUGUGUGGUUCGUGAAUUAAAGGCCCUGAAAAGAGUUGAUAUUAGUGGUAUAAUACCUACCCAAGAUCUUCACAAUUAUCUGUAUCAUGAGAUGUCAGUAUAUGCUAUUCAUGAUGCUUACUUGCACUUAAUUGAGACCGUUCACUUCCAAAAUAUCAAAGAAUUAAAUUUGGUUCAAUUGAAAACUACAGAUGAUGGUCUAUAUACUAUUGCCAAUAGCUUGAAGCAAUUAACAAAGUUACACAUUUGUUGGAAUGAUAUAACUAAUGUUGGUAUUGCAACAAUUUCAAAGAUGAAUUUAGAAGUUCUUUCUUUUAUCGGCUCUAAUAUCACUAUUGAUUCUUCAUCAAUCAUCUUGCUUAAAAACCUCUUGGUAGUAAGUUUUACACACAGCAAUAACAUUACUGACGACUGGGCCAUGAAAAUUCUUAAAAAUUUACCAAAGCUGGAACGGUUUUUUGUUAUGGACACAAGUGUAACUGUUGAAUUUCUGAAAAUAGCAGCAGAAAUAUCAAGCAAUCGAAAAAUUCCUUUGUAUAUAGGUGUUUCAUUUAAGUUUGAUAAAAAAAAAUAUGAAUCACCAUGUUUAACAAUUGAGCAGUAUUGCUUAUAACAGACUAUUAAUAUAGUAUAUAAUGCUAGAUUAAUAAAAAAAAAUAGAUUUCCGAUUUCAAAGUAUAACAUGAAAGUCCGUCAAUUAC